CUCAAACUCGUGAUGGCUCAAUUUAUCGUUGUUGGCCUGAACAAGAUCUGGUGUAUUCAGUCCCCUUCUGAAGACGAUGAGCUUUACUCGUUGGACGUCUCGGGAUGGCUACUGAACAAGCUCUCGGGGCUAGAGGGUGUUCCUGUGCAUGACAUUCGUCUUUCUUCGCAGCUACCUACCCUCGGACGUUCCUGCUCUGGAAAUUAUCGUGUGAGCCUCCUAUCGCGUCUGAGGGGCGGCAAGGGGGGAUAUGGGACGCUGCUACGCGGCGGGGGUGGUACCGCUCGCAGAGGACCUGCCAACACCGACUUUUUUCGCGACCUCGAGGGCCAGAGGAUUUGUGACACGGCGAUGAUAAGACAAAUACAGCAGACGCUGGAAGAGAGGUGGCAGAGUCAAAGCGAGUUAUCCAACAACAGGAGCGCGAGGGAGGAGCAAGACAAGAGUGAAGAGGAACUUUCGAAGAAGCAACUGCUCAAUGCGAAAAAACGAGCCAGGCAAGAAAAACUGGCCAGGCUACAGAAAACGGCCCGAGAGGAGUUGACUCAAGCUGCAGAGAAGGGGUUGGGAAACCAUCUGAGGCUCACGAAAGAGAACGUUGAUGUCAAAAUGGCUUCCAUAUAUGGCGAUGUGUGCAGUUUUGAAAGCGACGAAGAAAUAAGCAGUGGUGAAGAGGAGUUGUCAGACGAUGUCACGGAUAGCAAUGCUGAGCAAGACUCGAGCCUCGAGAAGGGGGACACCUCGACAGACGCGGCAGAAUCGGUCGAUGCGCAUCAGGGCUCGAGCGCAGCUGACAAAUCUCGCCAUGGUGUGAAGAGGUCUUUCUUGGAAGUAGAGUCCGGCGACGGUAGCUGCUCGUUGAGUUCUGCUUCGUCAACCAUACAUGAGCAGCAAAGAAAGCGAGUUCUUGUUCUAGACGAGUAGAUAAAAAAAAAAAAACAGUGAGCGUGUUGGACGGAUGCUGCCCGGUCGCGGCCAUGCUCCCUGCGAUUGGCAAUUCGUACAAUCAGGCAUUCUGCAUAUACUGCAAUCCUGCGAGCGCAUGGUCGUGUGAUUGAUUGCCGACGGGGUUGCACGUGCUUCGAGGUCGCUUUGCUUUUCAAGUCGUGUCCGCCAUCACCGAAGGUUUUUUGAAGCCGAAUUUACGACGGGUUUAUAACGAUAAAAGACAUGCGAGCCCCAAGUCCUGUUUAAGAGCGGAAUUAAACAGAAACGUGGAAGUGAACAAUGUUCUCCCUUUUAUUAGUUCGACAUCCAGACACAUACUGGUUCUGAGGUAGGGCACAUAUCCGGAGGUAUCAUCAUGUCUUGGCGCGAUGCACGAGGUUCAAGGUGCAUAUUUUGCCAUGCAUCAGAACCUGGACCUUCUCCGCGCCAAGGGGGUACAACGUUCUGGAUUGCGAGAACAAUGCACCAUUGUCUUUGCUGAACAAAAUUGCGCUUCUCCGUGCAUACAUAUACAUCACGCCUCAUUUGAAUUUGCUAUCAGGAAGGUCUUGAGAUGGAAGAUACCCUCUAGAGGUCUGACUGUUCCUCGCCAUGCUUCGGGGCAUUGUUAAAAAUGCGAUUCGGCUGUUUUUAGAAAUUAAAUUUAGACUAGCAAAACAUUUACUUCGGUUGCCCUCAUCAACGCCUAAGUAUUUGUGGUCCAUUAAUUUCGUCCGAGGUGUGCAAGAUGUCGUACAUAAGGACCAAGAGCAUCAUUAAAGUGUUCCUGUCGGAUGGGAGUACGAGAUGUCUGAUUCUGUCGAACUCACACACACCGAGCGCGCUCAAAUUUAUGCUCUGCAGAAAAAGUCGCAUCAAAUCCGAAGAUUUUGACCUGUAUGAUGUUGUGGUUCUGACCAGCAACACCCGAAGCUCGACAAGAAUCCUGCAAUUCUGUACAGCAGUUGGAAGAAUAAGGCGAAUGAGAAGUACAAACUUCUUUUCGCAAAGAAGGAGGAGUUGGAAAAGGACUUCACUUUUCCUGCGGUGACAUUCUCUGCGUGCGACAAGGUUGUGAAGCACGAUUCUUCGCUCAAGAACGAGCUACAAACUUUGAAAUCUAACAGGGAAGAGACAAGCCAGAAGAACAUCGCGUUGUUGCUCGAGUGGGCAAGGAAAAAGAUUGACCAAAAUGUCGAGCUCAACAGCGCAAAAGAUCUGAAGAGUGGGGUCAUUUUUUUUUUAUUGAUAGAAAACCUAAGCAGAACAAGGCUCAAAGGAUGGCACAAAAACUGCGAAAAUGUCAUAUUCAAGCUAGACAAUUUGAACAUGGUGUUGAAUUUGUUGGCCUACUUCGGCAUUUUCAUUUCAGACGUUACUCCGGUUGACAUUCUAGAGAAUGACGACCUCUGCGUUGCGCUCUUGCACAUCAUAUACGAAAAAUAUCAGACGCAGGGUGGACUGUUCCCAUAUGACGAAAAUGAAAAGGAUGAGCCGCAGUAAUCUGGGUAACUAGGGGAAAGAGAAAGGAUUGACAGUUCGAAGAGGGGCGACGUUCGCGUGUGGGGGGGAGUCAGCACGAAGAAAACAGCAGUUCCUCAUCCCGCAGUAUGUCCGCGCGGCUCUGGGCCUCUGUUAUCCAUUCUACCCUCUUUGCGUGGGUUCCUUGGUGAUAGAGGCAUCACGAGGUAACAAAGGAUUGGGUGGUGGCAGUAUGCGGCUGUAGCUGUGCGUUCCCGAGAAAUUGGUGCGCCGUCAGAAACAGACUGCCGUCGCUUUAGACUGGGUUGGGUGGCUCGAACGUUCUGAGAGGGGCCGGCGGAUUUCGAAUGGCAGAAUGGUACGAUGCAGAAGGAGUCGUCACACGUGUUUCGAGCGUACAGUAAGUCGCAACACAAAAUCACUCGCUGACGGCUUAUUUCGUUUGUACCGGGUCUUUGGGCGAGGGGUCGGCAGGAAACUCACUGCUGGAGCACGGCAGAUGGAUGUACCUGUCGGUUUUGCGGAAAGAAAGACGCCUGCAUCUGUGGCACAUGAAAAACUGCGUGAAGGGCGAGAAUCCAGCUAAUAAACAAGUUUGUUCGGUUUUAUUUUUUUUUACGUGGGCGAA